AUGACUUAUCAGCUAAAGCAAAGGUGGCACUACCAAGUGAAGACAUCAAUCAUAAAGAGAACUUUGCACAACCAAAGAUCAAAACUCUAUCCACCAGUACCAGAAAGCCUUAAGGAUCUGAAACUUAUUGGGGAAUGGACAACUACUGCAGCUCCAGAACCAAAGCCUUUCCUGUUUUUCGACAAUGGCCCAGACACUGAGGACCGUAUCAUUGCUUUUGGUUCUGAUGAAUCGUUGAGUCUACUUGCUUCGGCUGAUACAUGGCUGAUGGAUGGCAACUAUGCAAUGGCUCCACAAGGCUUUCUACAGCUUUAUGUCAUAAGGGUUCCAAUCGGAAAUACUGCAGUUUCUACUAUUUUUGCUUGCCUGCAGAACAAAACACAACAUACCUAUGAAACAUUCUUACAAGCAUUGAUGGAUCACUGUCAUGAGAUUGAACUCUACCCAGACCCAACAACCAUAAUUGUUGACUUUGAGCAGGCGGUCAUCCAAGCCAUUAGCAAUAUUUUUGGGCCGGAAACACAUACACAAGGCUGCUUCUAUCACCUAACUCAAAGUACCUGGCGAAAAAUACAGGACCUUGGUCUGACCACUCACUACAAAGACAGUGAGGCUUUUUGUCAGUUCUGUGGACAGAUAGACUCACUGGCAUUUCUACCAGUUGAAGAUGUUACAGUGGGAAUACAGCUACUGAAGGAUAGAUGUACUGAAGAGGCAGCUCCCCUGUUAGAAUACUUUGACCAAACAUAUGUUUCUGGUACAUAUGUUCAAAGAAGAUGCCACCAGCAGCGACGUAUUCCACCAAGAUUUCCUCCUGAACUUUGGAACAUACAUGAAGCUACCUUGAAUGACUGUCCCAGGACCAACAACCUAUGUGAAGGAUGGAACAACAAAUUUUACCAUCUUGUUGGCUACCAGCACCUGUCUAUUUGGAAACUUAUACGGGUGAUCCAACAGGAAGAGGCAGCUCUGCUGGCAGCCAGCCAAUCAGCAGCGCAUAAGCGCAUGACGUCACACCCACGCCUCGCCACGUGCAUCGCGGCCAUUGCCCUUUAA